AUGUUGAAUCAUUUUUCAUGUUUUCCCGAACCUCUCAUUGUACAGAGGCCCCUCAUCGUGUGGAGCUCCCUCACCGUACAGAGGCCCCUCACGGUACAGAGGCCCUCACCGUUCCCUCACCGUACAGAGGCCCCUCACGGUACAGAGGCCCUCACCGUUCCCUCACCGUACAGAGGCCCCUCAUCGUACAGAGGCCCUCACCGUUCCCUCACCGUACAGAGGCCCCUCAUCGUACAGAGGCCCUCACCGUGUGGAGCUCCCUCACCGUACAGAGGCCCCUCAUCGUACAGAGGCCCUCACCGUACAGAGGCCCUCACCCUGUGGAGCUCCCUCACCGUACAGAGGCCCUCACCGUACAGAGGCCCUCACCGUGUGGAGCUCCCUCACCGUACAGAGGCCCCUCACCGUACAGAGGCCCUCACCGUACAGAGGCCCCUCACCGUACAGAGGCCCUCACCGUACAGAGGCCCCUCACCGUACAGAGGCCCUCACCGUGUGGAGCUCCCUCACCGUACAGAGGCCCCUCACCGUACAGAGGCCCUCACCGUACAGAGGCCCCUCACCGUACAGAGGCCCCUCACCGUACAGAGGCCCUCACCCUGA